AGCCAUUUUGAAGUCUCGAGCUCGGGUCCGAAGCCCGUCGAACGCAUCGACCGAAAUCGAGCGAUGCCCGCGACCAUCAGCGUGCGCCCAGAUGGUGUUGGGGUCAUCACCCUGGACAGCCCGCCAGUGAACUCCCUAGGCACGGAGCUGGUGACCUCCUUCAAGCAGGAGUUCCCGAAGCUGGUGCAGGAUCCGAAGGUAAAGGCCAUCGUGGUCACCGGCAAGGGCGCCAUGUUCUGCGGGGGCGCGGAGAUCACGGAGUUCGCCGUGAUGGUGGCCAUGGGCCCCGAGAAGAUGAAGGAGAACAACCCAGUGGCAGCUCUCAGCGAGAUGAUGGACAUGAUCGACGCCUCCCCGAAGACCACGGUGGCGGCCCUGAACGGCCCAGCACUCGGCGGCGGAGGAGAGGUGAGCUUGGCCUGCCACUACCGAGUGGCGGCACCCAACAGCUCCGUGGGCUUCCCAGAGGUGAACUUGGGGCUGCUGCCGGGGGGCCAGGGCACUCAACGCCUGCCGCGUGUGGCACCGCUGCCUACUGCCAUGCAGAUGAUCCUUCAGGGCAAGCCGCUGAAGUCUGACGCAGCGAAGAAGAACGGCAUCGUAGACCUCGUGGCCAGCGGCGACCUCCUGGCGGAGGCAGCAGAGUUCGCCUUGUCGCACCCUCCCGCGCCCAUCUCCAAGCGGGAGGUUCCGAAGACCAAUAGGUUCAUGGUGGCUGCGGGAGCGCUGGAGAGCGGCCUGAACACCGCGGUGAAGGCUGCGCCGCUGAUGGUGGCGCCACGGUCCAUCAUCAAAUGCUUCGAGGCCGCCUGCUCCAAGAAGAGCUUCCGCGAGGGCCUGCAGGUGGAGAUGGAGGAGUUUACGAAGCUGGUUUUCUCGGUGGAGUCGGCGGCUUUGCGCCACCUCUUCCUGGCCGAGCGCAUGGCGCAGAAAGUGCCGGGGGUGGAUGAGAAGCCGGCGCCGCUGAAGAAGAUCGGCAUUUUGGGCGCCGGGCUGAUGGGCGGCGGAAUUGCCAUGUGCUUCGUGCAGAAGGGCAUUCCGGUGGUGCUGAAGGACGCGCAGCAGGACUGGCUGGACAGCGGCAUGAAGAAGAUCGAGUCUCUUUGGGCUGGGCAGCUGAAGAAAGGCCGGCUGUCCAAGGACAAGUACCAGCAGUACAUGGGCCUCUUGAAGCCCACCUUGGACUACGCGGACUUCAAGGACGUGGAUAUGGUCAUCGAAGCCGUGCCGGAGAUCAUGGACUUGAAGAAGCAGGUGUUCCUGGACAUUGAGAAGAAUACCAAGCCGGAUGCGCUGAUUUGCACCAACACCAGUGGCCUCAACAUCGACGACAUUGCAGCGGUGUUGAAGGAUCCCAGCCGGGUCAUGGGCACCCACUUCUUCUCCCCGGCCAACGUCAUGCAGCUCCUAGAGAACGUGCGCACCUCGAAGUCCUCGAUUCGGACCUUGUCCACCGGCAUGGCCAUGGGCAAGCUCAUCAGCAAGAAGUGCAUUAUGGUUGGCAACUGCGACGGCUUCGUGGGCAACCGAAUGUUGGCGCCGUAUGCAGGGGAGGCCAAGAUGCUUUUGGAGGAGGGCGCCUCGGUGGAGCAAGUGGACGCCGCCGCGGUGAAGUUUGGUAUGGCCAUGGGCCCUAUGGCCUUGGGCGAUCUCGUGGGCCAGGAGAUCUUCUGGAAGCAGCGCAAGGCGGCCAACGACAUGAAGAAGCAGACCAAGACCUACUAUGGGCCCUACGAGCUUACAGACUGGCUGUGCGAGCAGGGCCGUUUUGGGUUGAAGACCCCGGAUCCCAAGAUCAAGGCGAACGGCCGCGGCAUUUUCAUCCACCGCGGCAGGGACAAGAUGGUGGAUCCUGAGGUGGUCGCCAAGCUCGACGAGGUGCGGAAGAUGAAGGGAAUGGUCCCGAGGCAAGUCACCGACGAGGAGAUUGUGGAGCGGCUCUUUUAUCCGCUGAUCAACGAGGGCUUCAAGAUCCUAGAGGAGGGCUACGUGGCGAGGAGCUCGGACAUCGACCUGGCGUACAUCUACGGCUAUGGGUUCCCACCCUCCAAGGGUGGGCCCAUGAAUCCUAGAACGCAGAGCCACUCGAGGUUCUUCGCGGAGAACUACACGGGUUUCAAGAAGAUCUUGGAGAAGCUGAAGGUCUUUGACGCCCAGGCUAAGGAGCGGUACACCAAGAACUCCCAGUACCUGCCGGUCCACUACUUCGAGCCCUCCAAGCUGCUGGAGGCCUGCGCGGCCAAGGAGGGCACCAAGGUGUUCCCGGGUCAGACGCUGAUCGACGUCGUGCUGAAGGAGUUCAGAAAGAGCGGUUCUGCCGGCGCCGGGCCCUUUUCCAAGCUUUGAUUUGCUUGGAUCUUCAUCUCUUUUCAGUCUCUUUGGCCGGCAGGAACGGCGCGCAGAACUUCUUUCCCGCGCGAAACGUUUCAAAAAACCCUGCCGACGCUGCCGGUCAUUUCUUAGCACUGAGGCUACAGAGCCUUGGCUUGUCGCAUGCAUGUUUGCCCCAGAUGGGACUCGGUGCGAUGUGCCGCUCCCCCGUUUUGGAGCAUCCCACAGAUUUGCGCCGGAUC